AUGGUUUCCGCUACUACCCCCCGUGCUGCCGAGUUCCGCAGUGCUUUCGGCCCUAGAUACGCUUUCCAGCCCAACUUCCACGGUGCUACCGUCAAGACCUUUACUCGCUACGGCUUCCGUGGUGCUUGCUUCGGCGCUGCUGCCGGUGCUGGUGCUCUCCUCUUCACCUCUGGCAUUCCCCGCAUCCAGACCGACAUUAUCAGCUACGUCCCCAUUGUCCGCGACUACUUCAAGAAGGAGACUCACCCCCAGGACAACCCCUUCUAA